AUGUCGACGCGGCUGACAAAUUUUUUCGCUGUGAGGCGGGAUUCCUCACGUGCUUCCGUCAAGAGGUCUAAAAACGUGUUAGAUGAACCAGAAGUGCAAGCAAAGUUGCUAAAGCCCAGGGUGUCUUCCUCAUCGACGGGAAGCGCGGUAUUUCCUACGUCGACAAGUUCAUCUUCAAAAAUUGUGAAUGAUGUCCCGGUUACGACCCUUAGUGCUGCGACAGAAUCAAAUCCAAAGCGUCGGAAAUUACCCGCACACAAACGUUUUGCUUACCUGGCUCAGAAUGAAACCGAUAAAUUGACGGAUGUUACAGAGUCUAGUACAAUAAUUAAAUCAACUCUUCGAGAUGCUGAACCUGAUAAUGGAUUUUCUCAACAGGAUCAGAAUAUUAACGCCAAAGAGUCAUAUGGAGAGCACUCAUUUAAAGUGGAAACCACGAUCCCCGAAACGCCCGAAACAUCAAGUUUUGGAAGCUUACAUUGUGUCGCGUCGAAUAAAUCUGCUGCCUGUUCUCAGAACUCAGCAGUUAUUGGCUUAUUGCAUCACGGUACGCCAACAAAAGAACUACAGGCUUUAACUAAAUCUGUUAGUCAGCCCAGUACUCCCAAUAAAGAGGCUAGUAUUGGUAUCAAGCAAGUGGCUUCGAUUGCUAAAAAAGCUAAAACGGACGUUUUAACCUUAUCUCCGGUUUCCCCUGCUUUGCAUCUGCCUUACCACAUGGAGCGGCUUUUGGAACUCUUCAGGACAUGCGAAACAAUCGUUAGUACGCUUCACAAUCGGUCUGAGGUUUGCAGCUUCGACAAGAUAAAACCCGCUGUUCAGGAAGUAGUGCGCUGUGAAUUCACCGAGGAAACAGUUGGAAAAUUCGCGGCUGUCUAUCCCCAGGCUUAUAAGUUUCGAUAUGACAACCAAUUGGAUAAGCUAACUAAACUGGUGCUGAGCACAUACACGCUCGUGUUGGUCCCCAAUCUUCGGACCGACAACACUCAGAUGGCUCGCGACUCUCCCUCAAAAGGUCAUCUCGUUUUUACCGGUACUCGUCUCAUUCAACGACGUCAUAUUUUCCACAAAUCCCUUCUAGCACGAGUCCUGAAGGCACACCGGGCCUUUCUUAUUUCUCGCCUCGGUGUGUCAGAGAGCGACCUACCGGGAGACUCCGCCCUCCGUCGUUGGCACCCCUCCUUUGCGUUGGACACAGCUGUUCCUGAAGUAGAACCCGCCCCUUUGCCUCCUCGACCAGCGUCCUCUGGUCGCGACGCUAGAAUUACAUCGGCACGUGAAGCCGUAGCCGCAUUUCGAGCUCGCGCACUAUUUCGAGAAGCGAAUGUAUGCGAGAAGCUUGUAACCAUGCCGUCAACAUCCACGUGUAACGAAAAGGAGACAAUAGAGUCUUCCACGAAAUCGUCGUCUUACUCAUCCGUUUUAAAAGGCGUUUCGGCGUCGCUGCUGGCCAGAGUACGUGAGCGCGAAAAACAAAUGCAGUUAUCAAUUCUCACACGCCCACCAGUUUCGGCCUCAGAAAUGGCUGCCUACUCUGCUCUUCCGACUACCAUCACUCAAGUUUGGCGUGAAUUGCGCACGGCAGGGGGACGUCCAAUUCCCUUAGCCACCGUCGCCACACGUCUUUCUCAGUCAAGCGGAUCUGGUUUACCACUGGGUGAGUUCACGGUCCACCAAAACCGACUUCUUUUUAGCCGGUCCUCAUUUUUAACUAAAGCAUUGAGCCCUCACUACGUCAAAUUCGAAAAUUUUAGUAAUGAGGCGACAAGUCGAAUUGAGGGCCUGCUGACAUUGGUGCCAGAUUGGCUGGAGAAGGUUUCCUGGGCGAAACCGCACCUCAGGCUAAAAGGGGGCAGUGAUGACAAGCCGCUCAAGGAGGUGAUUGAAGAAGCGAAGAACAAAAUGAGAGAAAAAGAAAUUCUUUAG